AUGAUUGGGUGGCCUAUUUCUCAGUUUCUUACAUACCCUAUUGCAUUUUUAUUCCCAGGAUAUCUCUCAUUCAAGACAGUAUUAAGCAAGGGUAGUGAUGACGAUACUCGUUGGUUAUGUUAUUGGCUUAUCGUUGCUUUAUUCUUCUUCGCAGAAGUAGCAUUGUCAUUCCUUAUUAAAUUAAUUCCAUUCUACUUCGAAAUGAAGUGCGUCGUUUUAUUCUAUCUUCAAUGGAAUUCUGCCAAGAAAGCUAAAUACAUCUACGACACAUGGUUAGAGCCAUUACUUACAUAUAUCGAACCAACAGUUGAUGCAUUCAUCGAUAGAUAUUCUCAGCAAGCUCUUGAAAUUGCCAUCAAGGCUCACAAUGAGGGCAAGGCUUUAAUGCAGAAGGCCACAGAAGAAAUUGCUAAACAGCAAGUUAAUGCUGCUAUCGAAGAUGCUAUGAAAGAGUGA